AUGUGUCACAAACGAUUAACUGACGAUGAAAUUGCAAACUUUUUAUUAGUUGGUGAUUUGUCAGACAUUGAGGAGCUGGAUGAAGGGUAUGAAGUUAAUAUAGAUAAUUUAGAUGAAGUACUUGAAUUAAUGACAGAGGAAAUAGAGGAUAUUCAAGAAAUACAACCUCCUAAUAACCCACCUUCCAGAUUUCGCCCAUUUAUUGAGGCUGUAAGAAAUAACUUUAAAAAAAUUAAAAUCGAAGAAUAUAGUGCGAUUGAUGAAAUUAUAAUACCAUUCAAAGGUCGAUCAAAACUAAAACAGUACAACAAAAAUAAGCCUCAUAAAUGGGGCAUUAAAAUGUUUGCUAUUGCAUCAAAAAGUGGUAUUGUUCAUGAUUUUGAGAUAUAUGUGGGAAAAGGUACAAUUCAAGAAUCACAUAUGGGUCUUGGUUUAAGUGGUGACAUUGUUAUGAGACUGUUGGAUUGUGUUCUUAAAUUUGAAAACCAUAAUGUAGCAUUUGAUAAUUGGUUUGAUUCUUAUGCUCUCCAAUGUCGUUCAAACUUUGCUGGAAUACAGUGCAUUGGAACAGUCCGGGCAAACAGAACAGGAAACUGCAAGUUUACAAGUGAUGGAAAUAUGAAGGUAAAAGGACGUGGAACAUAUGAAUAUAAAGUUGACACCACAAACAAUAUUUUUGGAUGCAAGUGGUUUGAUAAUAAAUUUGUACACAUGUUAUCUAAUUACAUGGGUGCUGAACCAACUGAUAUUGUACAAAGGUGGAGUAUAUCAAGUAAAAAAUAUGUUCCUGUUGUAAGGCCAGCAUGCAUCAAAGAAUAUAACUAUUUCAUGGGGGCAAUAGAUCUACAUGACAUGUUAGUAGAACUCUAUAGAACAGAAAAUAAAGUAAAGCGUUAUUAUUUGAGAAUUGUACAUCAUCUGUUGGACAUGUGUGCUGUGAAUGCAUGGUUAUUGUAUAGGCUUCACUGUAAACAAAUUGUUAAAUAUAAAAGUAUGUUGCAAUUUAAGUCAGAUAUUGCUGAAGGGCUUUUGCGGGCAGGUAAAGAUAAAUUGAAAAAACAAAAAGGACGUCCAUCACUAAGAACACCUACACCACCAACUAAAAGAAGAAGACUUUUUGCUGCCCGCCCAAGUGAAGACGUUCGGUUUGAUAAUGUUGAUCAUUGGCCGAAUCCCACAGAUGAGAGACAAAGAUUGUUUAAUGAUGUUCAAGUGUAA